AUGAUUCAAGGUUGCAGUGAAAGCCCACACGAGCACCAGCAGAAUCUGCUGAUCUCACGCAUCAUCACCAAUGUGGAAAAACUAAAUGAAGCGGUUGUUGUGAUGAAUAAGAGCCUCCAGGAGAUCAAUGUCCAAAACAUGAAUGUAGAGCUCGUCGCGCAGAUGUUUAAAAACUACCAGUCCAACGUCCUAUUCCAUCUAGAAGCAACUGAUAACCUUAAGCCUCCAUCGUGAGAGUCGCUGGCACACGAAUUGGCGUAGAUUGGCGUAAGGAGACUGGCUGGUACGACAUCCAGAAUGGGAAGGGAAACUAUAUGCGUUUAAGAUACCAUAAUGCGCGCUGCGUGUAAAAGAAAUAAGAAAAAGCAAUAAACAUUGUAAAACUAUUAUUCAAUUCGGCCUCUACCUGAUAGACUAUCGAUAAAAUCAGCAGAAUGCUAUUG